GCGUGCAUGACGUCACCGCUCCAUGUCCUGUGCGCCAUUUUGGAAAGGGGGAGAGGAGGGGGAAAAAAUCACGGAUAAUUUGUGUGGUCUUGACAGAUCCCGAAGCCCCGGCGUUUCGCAGCCAUCGUGGAUGUUCACCGUUAACUCAGAGCAAGCCGCGCGCGUCGAUUUGGGCAUCGGACGCGCCGUGUACAGCCAAAAGCGCUGCUAAAUGAAGCAAUGGCGGGGGUUGCAGGAGGAAAUGAUUUCCAGUGGUGUUUCUCUCAAGUGAAAGGAGCGAUAGAUGAAGAUGUUGCGGAAGCCGACAUAAUCUCCACGGUUGAAUUCAACUAUUCGGGAGAGCUGCUCGCUACGGGAGACAAGGGCGGCAGAGUAGUGAUAUUUCAACACGAGCAGGAGUCUAAAAAUCGUCCUCACCUGCGUGGCGAGUACAACGUUUAUAGCACUUUUCAGAGUCACGAGCCUGAAUUUGACUACUUGAAAAGUUUAGAAAUUGAGGAGAAAAUCAAUAAAAUUAGGUGGCUACCCCAACAGAAUGCUGCUCACUUUCUCCUUUCAACAAACGAUAAAACGAUCAAAUUGUGGAAAAUAAGUGAACGAGACAAGCGGGCGGAAGGCUACAACCUGAAAUAUGAAGAUGGCCGACUCAUAGACCCUUUUAGAAUCACCUCUUUACGGGUACCGGUGCUAAUGCCCAUGGAUCUCAUGGUAGAAGCCAGCCCGCGGAGGAUCUUUGCAAAUGCGCACACCUAUCACAUUAAUUCCAUUUCUGUAAAUAGUGACCACGAAACGUACCUCUCUGCAGAUGACCUAAGAAUAAAUUUAUGGCACUUGGAAAUCACAGACAGAAGUUUUAAUAUUGUAGACAUCAAGCCCGCUAAUAUGGAGGAGCUGACAGAAGUCAUCACAGCGGCCGAGUGCCAUCCCCACCAAUGCAACGUAUUUGUGUACAGCAGUAGCAAAGGCACCAUCCGAUUGUGCGACAUGCGAGCGGCGGCGCUCUGCGACCGCCACUCAAAAUUCUUCGAGGAGCCCGAGGAUCCCAGCAGCCGCUCCUUCUUCUCCGAGAUCAUCUCGUCCAUCUCAGACGUGAAGUUCAGUCACAGCGGGCGCUACAUGAUGACACGUGACUACCUCUCUGUCAAAGUUUGGGACCUCAACAUGGAGAACCGGCCAGUGGAGACGUAUCAGGUCCAUGAAUACCUUCGCAGCAAACUGUGCUCUUUGUAUGAAAAUGACUGCAUCUUUGACAAGUUUGAGUGCUGCUGGAAUGGCAGUGACAGUGCCAUCAUGACGGGCUCGUACAACAACUUCUUCCGAAUGUUCGACCGCAACACCCGGCGGGACAUCACGCUGGAGGCGUCGCGGGAGAGCAGCAAACCGCGGGCCACGCUCAAGCCACGCAAGGUAUCCACGGGCGGCAAGCGGAAGAAGGACGAGAUCAGCGUGGACAGCCUGGACUUCAACAAGAAGAUCCUGCACACAGCCUGGCACCCCAAAGAGAACGUGAUCGCCGUGGCCGCCACCAACAACUUGUACAUUUUCCAGGACAAGAUCAACUAGAAGAGCGGGGACGGGCUUUGGGCGUCCCCGUUUUAGUUCAGCCUACUACGUGUCUAUCUGUAUAAGAACAAGAAGAAAACAAACGGCCUCGUCGUCCUCCUGGUGAAGAAUUUUCGAAAGCACGCGUCUACUUUUUUGGAGGCCGACCCGCUAGGUCUGUUUUAUUUUGAAUCUAAGCUUAGAUUGUUUUUUGCCUUUUUGGCAUCAGGGCAAUCACCAACACCCCCACACUCACACAUACACUCUCAUUCCCCUCGCCCCCCCCCACCCCCCAUUGACCCAGAAAGCCGUAUGUGGGUCUAAUAGACGGAGGUCAAACUCUUGAACGUCAAUGUUUUUGUUGACAUUUUUAACCUUCGUUUCACCGUUUUAAAGGCUCGGAAGCCAACUCCCCCCACACUUACCGCCCCCCGCCCCCCCUCCGAGAUGUGACGUCGUACCACCGUCUGAAAGGUUUCCGAGCACCAAAGUGCAGAUUAGCGGCUGGUGGGGAAUCACGUAUAGCCAAACUGUUAACAUUCCCUCCCUCCCGUCCGCUGCGCGUCCACUGAUGGAGGUGGCUGUGAAUCUGGAGAGUGGACUCGAUUCUUUUUCUUUCUCCCCCUCCUCGCCUCAUAAACCCACCCCCCUCCAUCAAUACAGUGACCUGAUUUCACUGACUGUAUCUACUCAAGUACACCUUGUCAUCCACAUAAUAAAAAGAAACUAAAACGACAGAUGUGUUUUUAAAUUUACAAGUAUGUAUAUUGCUUUGCAUGUUUUUAUGUUGUAGAGAGGUGGAACAUGUCCAGUCGCACCACUGUCUUUUUUUUUUUCUUUCUCCUUUUUCUUGGGAGCAGAUCUCAAGCAAAAUGUGUUUAUUGAACUACUAUUUUGGGGCUACCACUGUUGGACAAGCUAAUAAUGCGUGUGUGUGAGAGAGCGCAAGUGUGUGUGUGUGUGUGCGUUAUCAAGAGCGUCUUGACUUUGGAGCUUUUCUUGGGGGGUGGGCGGGCUGGUAAGGCACAAGACGGACAAAGGGAAUCUGCAGCCUUAAUUCCGACUUUCUAUGAGUGACAGCUAUGCCCCCCUUCCCACCCCAAACCUCAUGUGCAUUAUUUGUUAAUUCCUAUUUUCUAGCGUGAUGGCCUCAUACGCCGCUGCUACGUGUAGCUGUCACACGUGGGUGAUUUAAGAGUGCCUCCCAAUCCAAGGAGUGAUGACAGCCCCCCUCAUCCGUGUUCUCACUAAUUCGGGAAGUUCCUCAAAACACAUCCACGUGAAUCCAGACGUGACGGUUACGAGUACAUUCAGACAAAACACACCAAGGCAUUGUCUUUGUCCGUUGAUUCCUAACAUGGUGGCAAUGUAUUCACUUGUUUAUUAUUUUGACCAAAGUUCAAUAAAAUUUUAAUUGUGUUCA